AUGGCGUGUAUAAGGAAGACUACAGUUUUUUGUGUUUUAUUUCUUGCUGUUUACGCCGUGUUUUCCCAAGCCAAAACGUGCAAUAAAGACGGUGAUUGUCCUUUCGAGUAUUGCUGUGAGAGAACAUAUCAAACCAAUAUAUGUGAAGUAAAUUGCAUUGGUGAGUCUUGCAUAGUGAACGACAACUGCGCUCCCGGAGAAUGUUGCAAUUCUGAUAAUGAAUGUGCCACAAGUUGCGACGUGAUUGAUGUGUCAGGUCUAGCUGGUUGGAUUGUUGCAGUAAUUGUUAUCAGUGUUAUUGUUGUUAUCGUCAUUCCUAUUGCAGUUGUCGUGUUUUGCUGUUGUUGUGCGGCAGCAGCCUCGACACGUCAUGCUCAUGGCGGUGUUGUAGUAACACAACCUACAACCACAGGAACUACAGUCGUUGCAACCCAACAACAACAACAAUUCUCUGGGCAACAAGGACAACCAAUGUAUUACCAAAGCCAACCCCCACCGUAUCAACCUCAAGGCACGGUGUAUCCACCAGGAACAAAGCAAUAUUAA